GUGAGUUCAGCGCAUGCGCAUAUGUGUGUAGAGAAGAGCGGUGAACAGCAUGGCAGCAAUCGGUGUUCAUUUUGGUUAUACCUGUGCCUGUGUCGCUGUUUUUAAGGAUGGACGUGCCGAUGUGGUUGCCAAUGACGCCGGAGACCGAGUGACACCUGCUGUAGUCGCCUUUAGAGACACCGAACAGAUCGUGGGGAUCGCAGCGAAGCAGGGACGAGUUAGAAAUGCAGCAAACACCGUGGAGAAGGUCAAGCAGGUGCUCGGCAGAAGCUUCGAUGACCUGGAGACUCAGACACAUCGAGCACAGACCAAGUGUCAGGUGGUGUGUCGGGAUCAGAAGGUUUAUUAUGAGAUCUCAGCAGGAGAUCAGACCGAGGUCAUCUGUCCAGUAGAGGUCGCCAAACUCAUCUUCAAUAAGAUGAAAGAAACGGCUCAGUCAGCAGUCGGCUCUGAUGUCACAGAUGCCAUCAUCACCGUCCCCUUUGAGUUUGCACAUGCUCAGAAAAGAGCCUUGAGAGAAGCUGCUGAGUCGGCAGGUUUUCACGUCCUUCGUCUGAUCCAUGAACCUGCAGCGGCUCUGCUGGCGUACGGCGUGGGACAGGAGAGUUCAUCGGGGAAGAGUCACGUCCUGGUGUGGAAACUGGGCGGGUCUUCUCUCAGCGUGACAGUUCUUCAGGUGAAUGGAGGAAUGUUCCGGGUUCUCAACACUCACACGGAUCACAGCAUCGGAGGAGAGAGCUUCACCCAGGCACUCGCCCAGCACCUCGCCGCCGAGUUUAAACGCACUUUUAGACAUGACGUUAGCGGUAACGCCCGUGCGAUGUUGAAGCUGAUGAAUGGAGCAGACAUGGCCAAACACUCUCUGUCCUCUCUGGGAUCUGCAAACUGCUUCGUCGACUCUCUGCAUGAAGGCGUUGACUUCGAAUGCAGCGUCUCCAGAGCUCGCUUUGAGCUGCUCUGCUCACCACUCUUCAAUAAGAGCAUCCAGCCAAUCAGAGCCCUGCUGGAAGAGGCGGGACUUUCCACCACAGACAUUAACAAGGUGGUGUUGUGUGGUGGUUCAGCGAGGAUCCCUCGUCUGCAGCAGAUGAUCAGAGACAUGUUUCCUGACGUGGAGCUCUUGAGCUCGGCGCCUCCUGAUGAGGUCAUAGCGGUUGGCGCAGCCCUGCAGGCGGGGUUACUGGUGGGCGGAGACAGGCUGAGAGUGGAGGAGGAGGAGUCUGUAACUGUGGAGGUCUCUGCCUCUGACAUCCUGCUGAAGGAGGUCGAUGAAUCUGGAGCUGAGGUGUUCACAGUGCUCCUCCCCUCAGGCACGCCACUUCCUGCUCGCCGACAUCACCUCCUUAGGGGCGGGGCCACACUGUCGUCUCUCUGUGUGGCAAUCUAUCAAAGAUUAGUCUCUGAACCACCAGAGAAACUUGCCCAGAUCAUCCUGAGAGAUCUGACGCCGUCCGACGAACAACACAAUGUUGACACCGUGCUCACCAUGAAGAGGGAUGGCUCACUGCACGUUUCAUGCGUGGAUCAGAGCAGCGGGAGGUCAGAGGUUGUUACGGUCGCAGCAGCGUCAUAAAUCUGAAUGGCUGUCAGUUAAUGUUUUUUUUAAUUAAUCAAUAAAUGUGAAUAAA